CUGGGGGGGCCAUGGCCAAAUCUUACGAUCACCUCUUCAAACUGCUCCUGAUCGGAGACAGCGGAGUGGGGAAGACGUGCCUGAUCAUCCGCUUUGCAGAAGACAACUUCAGCGGGACCUAUAUCAGUACCAUCGGGAUCGACUUCAAAAUCCGGACAGUGGACAUUGAAGGGAAGAGGAUCAAGCUGCAGGUUUGGGACACGGCCGGCCAGGAACGGUUCAAGACCAUCACCACAGCGUAUUACCGGGGAGCCAUGGGGAUUAUCCUUGUGUACGACAUCACGGAUGAAAAAUCCUUUGAGAACAUUCAAAACUGGAUGAAGAGCAUUAAGGAAAACGCUUCGGCCGGCGUUGAGCGCCUCCUGCUGGGGAACAAGUGUGACAUGGAAGGCAAACGCAAAGUGCCCCGGGACCGAGCAGAGAAGCUAUCCAAGGAGCACGGGAUCAGGUUUUUUGAGACGAGUGCGAAAUCCAGCUUGAACGUAGAGGAGGCUUUCAGCACGUUGGCCCGGGAUAUACUUCUGAAAUCAAGCAAAAAAUCGGCUCAGCACGUCAAGGGCCCUUUGGAGCUGAAAGGAUCGCAGAAAAGCAGCAGUAAAUGUUUGGUGGUGUAGCGGCGACCGUCUCGUCCCGUCGCUCCUCUGCUUUGUCGUAGGACGUACCCCUUCCGCCAUUUACACUCCAGACGCCUCCGCUUUCUUCCACGAAGCUCAGAAUACCUUCCGGGCGGGACCCCGGGAGUGGGGGCUGACGGCAGGUGGGGCUCGCAGGCCGAGACCUCCCUCCCUUCCUCCUUUUGUGUCCCCACGUUCCUUGGCCGUAGGGAAUAUUAACCAUUUGGAAGGGAUCUCGCCCGAGGGAUGUGGGUCUAGGGUUGCCAGAACUCCGGGGUGAUCCAAAAUCUCCAGGGUCGCCUGGACCCCUUCCAGGCAGCAGAGAAGGCCUUAGGUGGGUGAUAGUGCCUUU